AUGGUGGUCGAGACCAAUCACUACUUAGCCGAAAUCCCCAAUACCAGCAACAUCGUCGUCCUCAUCACCCCCGCCAUCCUCAGGAAGACCUUCUCCAUCAUCAGGAAGACCGUCAAGGCGAGAGCAAAGUCCUCGGCCAUGAGCCGCAACGGCCCUGCAAACGCCUGCGAACGCCUUUGA